GCCACCAUGUUUCGUCGUGCACUCACUGCCGCGCUGCCCAGGUCGUCCUUCGCGGCGUCCAGACUCUCCUCCCAGCCCGCCCGCCAUGUCCUCCCCGCUGCCUCACGCGCCGCUCGGUCUCUGACAGGGCGCAGGGCAUAUGCUGCAGCCUCGACGCCUCGCUCAUGCCCACAAUGCUCGGCGCCGCUCACGACACCUCUGCCGGUCUGCACCAAAUGCUACUGGAUCUCAAACAUACCCGCCGAGAUGACCUACCAUGAGAUGCUCGGCGUCCCAUACGAGCCAAAUCCCUUUGUCGUGGACACUGUAGCCAUAAAGCAAGAACUCAGGCAACUGCAGACUGUCGUACACCCCGACCGCUGGGUGGGCAAGGAGCGGGUCAAGCAAGACGCGGCAGCAGUCAUGUCUUCCCGGGUCAACGAAGCGCUCCACCGCCUGUCCAAUCCCCUCCGACGCGUUGAGUACAUCCUCCAGCGCGAGGGCUAUCCCACCAGCGAGAGCGAGAACUUGGAGGACCCAGAGAUGCUUAUGGAGACGAUGGAGAUGCGCGAGCAGAUCGAGGGUGCGGAGUCGAAGGAGGAGAUCGAGCAGGUCCGCGCGGCCAAUGCGCAGAGAUUGGAGGAGACGAUGCAAGAGGUCACAGAGCUGAUUGGCCGAAAAGACUGGCCUGCGGCGAAGGUUGCAGCUAUCAAGCUCAAGUAUCUACAGGGCAUCGAGAAUGCUGCGGAGGCCUAUCUUCCAGUCAAGCCCCUAUUCCCCUUCGCCGCGAGGUGUAACAUGCGCCUCGUCGCGCUGAACGCUCGGGACUACCGCGGCUCCUCGUCCUUCAACGACUCAGAGCUGGCUGCGUUGGAAAGUCCAGACCUGCAGAGCCAGCGAUCCGUGGUGCGAGCUUGUGGGCGGGAGCUCGCUGCAUUCCUCGUUUGGUUCAUCGAGCAUGAGAAGCUUCCACCGUUGUCUGGGUCAACGGAGAAUGGUGCGGGGCGCCGCGGCGGGAUCUCCGUGCUCGGGUGGUUGUUUGGUAGCGCAUCUUCAUUGUUGUAGGCGGGUGCGCUUCCGGAGAAGGAGCGUAACUUAUUGGGCGCAUGUCCGCGGAAGAGCUCACAAGUACGACGGAUCCCGCUGCAUUAGCACACUCGACACUCGCCUUCACGCGGGUCGACUCUCAAGUAUAUGAGGAGAACAUGCAGGCCGCGCUGUGGGAUAGGUCGGUCUGGCCGGAGGUGCGGGUCGCGCUGGUGUGGUGCGACGCGUCGGUGGGCCCGACGAUGUUGGCGGGCUGGUAUCUGGCCAAUAUGGUGGCGACGCGGUGGCCGGCGAGGAGCAGGAAGGUAGAGUUGGUGAGAUUUGAGGGGGGCGAAUCAUUUCGUGAGUGCAAUAUUGCUGAGACUGGGGACUUUACUCCGGUGUCUGACGAGUCUGUGUGUCAGCCGCAUC